CUCCACCCAGCAGCUCCCAGCCCCCUGGAAGCCUCCUCUCCUGCCUCGACUUCCCCUGGGCACCGCACCCCCUCCCACCCUCCACAGCCGGCAGGAUGGUGUCCUGGGUGAUCUCCCGAUUGGUGGUGCUGGUAUUUGGAAUGCUGUAUCCUGCCUACGCCUCCUAUAAAGCUGUGAAGAGUAAGAAUAUCCGGGAAUAUGUCCGAUGGAUGAUGUACUGGAUUGUCUUUGCCUUCUUUAUGACAGUAGAGACCUUCACGGACAUCUUCAUUUCCUGGUUCCCUUUCUAUUAUGAGAUCAAGAUGGCAUUUGUGGUGUGCCUCUCCCCUUAUACCAAGGGUGCCAGCCUGCUUUAUAGGAAGUUUAUCCAUCCAGCCCUUUCCUACCGGGAAAAGGAGAUCGACUCAUACAUCGUGCAGGCGAAGGAGCGGAGCUACGAGACAGUGCUGAGCUUUGGGAAGCGAGGUCUUAACAUCGCUGCCACUGCCGCAGUGCAGGCAGCUGCCAAGAGUCAGGGUGCCCUCGCUGGUAGGCUUCGGAGCUUCUCCAUGCAGGACCUGAGCACCAUCCCUGAUAAUCCUGCUCCAUCCUAUCAGGAUCCCCUCUACCUGGAGGACCAGGAUUUGCACAGGAGACCACCCAUUAGGUACCGUCCUGGGGGCCUCCAGGACAGUGACACUGAAGAUGAGUGUUGGUCUGAUUCCCAGACAAAGGCCCACACCCUUCCCCGUCCAAGGGAGAAGCCCUUGGUACGGAGCCAGAGCCUCCGAAUCGGCAAGAGGAAGCCCCUUGUGAGAGAGGGCACCUCACGCUCCCUGAAGUCUCGAACUCGGAAGAAGGCAGCCCCAUCAGACCUGGACAGCUAGUGCCAGUCUGUUCCCAUUCCGCUUCUACCUCCAGCGACCUUGUCCCUUCUCUGACACCCUCCUCUCUUGAUGUGGAGGGGAGGUUUGAGGAGAGGAUGUUGGGUCUGUGGACACUGGAAAAGGCAGAAAUGCCCCUUUUUUGUGAUGGUUUUCCUCUCUUCCCAUAUGAUCUCUCCUUACCUCAAUGCCCUCUCCCUCACUAACAUCCUCUGCUCAUCUAAGUGCCUAUGCUGGACUCAAGAGGGUCCUAGUCCCCUAACCUGCCAGCCUGGACUGCUUGCCUGAGAAACCCUGCACUCAGCCCUGACCAGCACCUACUCCUGGCUCAGGGGUGGGGAUGGGGGUCACAUGUUCUUAGACCAAGUUGCCAUUGCCCAGUUUCUCUUUUUGUUAUGCCAAAGUAAUCCCUCCUUCAUGCUUUGACCUGAGGGUUAUUUAUUGCCCAUCUUUUCUUUUUUUCUGGCAUCAUCUUUUACCCCUAACCCUUAAUGGUUAGGAGGUAGGGGGAGCCUUAAUUCCUGUUUGCCAACUCUUUUACCCUCCAUCCCAGGCCCAGCUUUGAUCAUUCCAUCUCCUUUCCCAUGUUACUUGACAGGCCUCUUCUGGGGGUUAUAUGUAUGUAUGUGUAUAUGUUUGUAUGUGUGUAUAUGUGUGUUGGUUGGUGUAUGACCAAGUUUGUAAUGGUUUUGAUAAAUAAAUACAUGGAAUUUUCUCUUC